CCUUACAAGACUCCUACGUCAAGAAUAAAAUAGUACAUUGAGGCGGCAUGGGAUUUCCAGAAGCCUGGAGCUAACAAUUAGAACAGAAAAAGAAAAAAAAAUCCUUUUUGUGUGCUCGUUCAGCUCGUAAGGAUCAGGAAACAGUGAUUGGGGAAAACGUAUCUAACUAAUAAGGAUAAUGGGAGUGACAGUGCUGCAACAGUUUCCCAUGACCGAGAACCGAACCGGGCCACAGACCAUCGAGUUUCUGACAAAGCGAGUGUCAGCACUUGGUGCAGUGCAGUGUGGACAGGCAUUAGUGGACUGUGAAACAUACAUGUCGGUGCCACAACUCGGAGCCCAACGAACUAUCCACGUUCUACAUAACUCAGAACAGCCGGCAACGGUUUUCUCCUUGUUGGACACCGGUACCAAGACUAUCCCUCUAAUCGCAGACCAGCUCUUUGACAUGCUUAUGCUCAAGAUGUUGCCUUUCUACACAUCGAAGAAACAGACAAAAAUCGAGGCUAAGGGUCCGAGGUUUGAGUUGGGUGACUUCUUGAUCAAACUAGGUAGUGUAACCAUGAGCCAAAACUUCAAAGGCGUGCUUGUUGAAGUAGAGUAUAGACCAUGUGUAAUACCUGCAAGUUGCUGGGAGCUGAUGCGUGAGUUCCUGCAAGGCUUCCUCGGAUCUUCUGUCCAGAGCUUGCCCCCGCAAUACCUUCAGAACCGUAUGAAUGAUAUUUAUCAGCCUUUGGAUACUGUACAUCAGUAUUUAGAACAUUUCUCCAUGUACAGGAAGACAACUGGUGUUAUGAGUUAUAAUUGAAUAUAUGUUUUUAAAAAUUGUGUCCUUAAUAUACAUGUAGUAAUGAAAGCCAGAUAACGAUAGUAAUUUCCGUACACUUCUCUAGACAUGAACCUUUGAUAGGUACAAAUUACUGUAUGAGUAGCCACAGACAUUUUCUCUUUUAAAUUUCAGAGUUCUAUAAACAUAUUUACAUAUAAGCCCAGUGGGGUCCAAGUUGGUGAGAUUGAUGAAAUAAUAAUAGGCUUAUAUUCAUUUCAGGAAUCAUAAGAAUAUCUUUGCAUAAUUUCAGUACAAUUGGUUGAGUAGUUCAUGUGUGACAACAAAACAAAGGAACUUUCGUAUUUAUAAUAUUAUUAAGACUUAGAUCAGACAAAUUUAAUCUAAUUUUUAAUUAUUGGCAUUAAUGAAAAGUGAAAAAAAAACUAUUGAGAGUAAAAUAGCUACAUUUCUUUUGGAAUCAUUGUCUAUGUAAAAAGCAUAUUAAUGAUCAAUAAUAAUAGUAAUAAUCAACCUACACUAAAAAUACUGAAGGAUAUUUUGAAAUAAUUAGGAAAAAUGUUCUUGUGUCCAUACCUUAAACAAUCUAUCAAUAGUGCUGAAAUAGGUUAUACCCUCCAUAUACAUAAUUGACAUUGUUAUUUUAUCGAUACCCCACUACCAGCAUACUUCUGGUUGGGGACAUCGCUGAGAUGUUUUGUUAUUUUACAUAAAAUAAAAUGAUUAUGUUAUGAAUA